CGCGCCUCGGACGAGUUAUGGCGGCGCUGGUGAGAGUGGUGCAUCGAGCUGGAGAACCUCAAUGGAUUACAUUAUGCAGUGGACUGAUACAAACAACAUUAGCUCAAACACAGUGGGGCAGGAUGCUUCAUGGCACUCUCCAGAGACACAAGAAUGGCCGAUCACAACUGACCAAAGUUUGCUGUGGGUUAAUACGAACCAUUGGUGCAGCAGAACAGCCAAGCAGGGCAUUUCAUCAGACAAAAAAGCUUCUUGCAACCAAAGAUUCAGUUCAGCCCUCUGAAGAGAAAGUGGGUGCUUUCACAAAGAUAAUAGAAGCAAUGGGUUUCACAGGACCGCUAAAAUAUAACAGAUGGAAAAUUAAAAUAGCAGCACUGCGCAUGUACACAUGCUGUGUGGAGAAAACAGAUUAUGAGGAGUUCUUUAACUCAUUUCAGAUGCCUGACACAUUGAAUUCAUGGUUUUUAGUAGCACAGCUUCAUGUCUGGAUGUGUUUAGUACGAAUGAAGCAAGAGGGUCGAGCGGGAAAAUACAUGUGUCGCUAUAUAGUUCAUUCUAUGUGGGAAGACGUUGAGCAACGUGGCAAGGUGAUGGGGAUUGAUUCUGUUGCCCUGAAAGAAAGUAUGAAGAACAUGACAGAAAACUUCUAUGCAGCAAUUUUUGGAUAUGAUGAGGGAAUCCUAUCAGAUGACCAUGUACUUGCAGCAGCCAUCUGGAGAAAUCUGUUUAAUAAACAGUGUGAUGAUCCAAGGCGUCUAGAAAUAAUGGUGGAAUAUAUACGCAAGCAGGUGCAGCACCUGGAUGCUAUCCCUGGAGAAGACCUGCUGCUGUCUGGAGAAGUUUCUUGGCGCCCCCUUGUGGAAAUGAAUGCCCAAAGCAUCGUCAAGCCAGCUGCUCCUAUGUACAAUGAUGAAGGACUCUGAAAUGUUUGCUGUUGACUGUGUCUUGAAGUCUGUAUUUGGAACAGGUGCUGGAAGUGGGACAUCUUAUGCUGUGGAGCUCCCAAGAAGGCAAAGAAUAAAUACAGUAUUUGCAAUUUGAAAGAAUGGUUAAAACUCCCUUAUGUGUACUGAUUUUCACCUUUAGCAAACCUGGAAAGCAUUCUACUUUUAGUAUUACAUCUGUGGUGAAAAAGCUGCUAGUUCAUUUAAAGAAUCCCUCACUGAUAUAUUAUCCAGUAAUUCCUGCACACUGGUUCUAAGAGGGAGCUUAUGUCUUUUGAGAGCAAAAUAGUUUACCAAAGUGACAUGACAAGCAAGCUUCCUUUUGCCUGGCAAGAGGGGAUCAGCUGCCUCAUGCCAUCAUUCUCUCUUCUCUGACACUGGGAGGCAUAAAUAUGGUUGUAACUGCUUGGAUGCUGCAUGAAGUUUUGUAUGAGUGUUCUCUCUCAAGGCAAGCAAGAUACCAGAAUGGCAAAGCCUGAAAAGAAAUGGGUGAGGGUUUCUGAAAGGAUGGCCUGCAAAUUCCCAUCUAACAUCAGACUGAAGGUUACAGACAGGAGAGCCGGGGAACCACUUCCUUGCUUACAUCUGUGGCCUGGGAGCAGAGAUGUUCAUUGACUCAAUAGGAAAGGCGGGGCUUGGGGCAACAGCUAGAAUCCACUGUUCAGCCAGCCACUGUUGUCUUCCUGCUGUGAAAGCUUUGCAGAAAGCUUUGCAGUAAGAGCAGCAUUUCCUGUUUGCUUUGUUCGAGUUAUCACCAUAUAAAAUAAUGGCUUAGGAUCCUAUCUGACUUAUACUUUGACCAGGUGUUGGUUUGCUGAACUUGUUUUUCAAAAUGGUACCUUUGUUCAGGAUCAUCCUUGUCUGUAUUACAUAUGGAAGGUUAGCCCAUUAUUCCAUUCUUGGAGGAAGAAUUUCCUUCAUCUCUCUUGUGGUCAAAAUCGUAAUUGGUGGUGGCGGGGGGAAGGGGGAUCUUUGUUUUCCUUGCCAUGUAAUGCCUUUGUUGAGAAACUGGGUAAUCGUU